AAAAGGGAAAAGAUUCGAUAAAAACUGAAACAUAGCAGGGUUAUAAGACAGAAUAAAUUUAUUGAUUUUCUUAUUCAAUAAUGAUCACAAGUUGAGAUCCCUUCAGCAAUUUAUUGGGAGCAUAGCCAGAAGGAAGAGGGGACUGUCCCUCCCCCCUCUUUGAAAUAAAAAUGUAAUAAUCUCAUGAUACUUAUGUACUCAUAUAAUCAACAACUCAUGUAACCCAAUUAUCAGCAACCUUUACUCUUACACUGAUACCUACUAUAACCUACCUAUUUUUAGAAGGAAGAAAACAUGAUGCAGGAAUGCUUGCUGAUUCACAGCUACUACACGACCUUCAUCGAUUUGCUUACAAUCCAGCUGGUCAGGCCGUCUGUGUUUAUGGAGACCCUGCCUAUCCCCUUAGAGUGCAGAUGCAAGGACCCUUUAGAUAUGGUGUAUUGACACCACAAAUGGAGCAGUACAAUUCAGAGAUGAGUGCUGUUAGAAGUUCUGUCGAAUGGCUGUUCGGAGAUGUAAUCAAUUCAUUUAAGUUUAAUGACUUUAAAAAAGAUCUGAAGCUUUUCCUCAGCAGUGUUGGAAAGAUCUAUGUUGUUUCUGUCUUACUGCGUAAUGCAAUGACAUGCUUGUAUGGUAACAUGACAUCGGAAAUUUUUGACCUUAGGCCACCUACUCUUGACACAUACUUUGGCUAGGAAACCACACUAUUGCCCACUUUACAUUGCCUUUGAUAAAGUAUGUAUCAAAACCUUAUAACUUCAGUUAACCAUGGUAGAUAUUUGUAUGCUAAUAGGUUAAAGACUAUUUCUCACACCAUUGUACUUUUUGAAAGAGAAAAUGAAUGGAGAUAAAUUUAAGCACAACACUGCAGAGUCAGGCCAUAUUUUUUUGGAAUUCCUUUAUCAAACAAGUUAUAAAUAUAGGAGCCUAAGGGCCUGUUUGUUUGGGGUUGGGCUAGCACUAACCCAGGGAUAAUUACCAUGGUGACUUAAUGAAUUUUUUCAGAGUUAACACUGGGUGAAAGCUUCCUUAAUCUCACACGCCUGAAUGAAGAUACCCAUGCUUCUCUUGAGAUUUUGCCUUCAUGAUGCUCAAAGUAGGCUCAAUUUCUAGAUUGCAAUCGCUAAAUGUAUGAAAUACUAUGAGCUUAUUACAUGAAAGCAC